AAUCAAUCCUCCUUGGGGGGUGCUUCCGAUGACAAGCAGCAACUUUAUCGUCGAUGGCGCAUACCUUACCCUACAUCAUUCCUCUUUUGAAGACAACCUGCCUUUGCAAUAGGCUUUUGAUGCCUGCAUUCACAAGAUUCUUGCGAUGAAUUAGUUUAUCCGUACAUUUCGAUCACCAUUUUAGCGACGCCUGGUUAAGGGUUGUUUCCUUCGAGACGACGCCAUCACACAUCCGACAACCGACAUCCGCAACCCUCAGUCGCAACCCCGCCGCACGACUCAUCAGGGAUCCCACGUCUCGAUGACGGCUCAAUAGCAACGGCGCGCACAUCUCCCUAUCUAUACCGUACAGACAAUUGCACCCUUAUACCCAUUGCCCGACUCGCGCAGACACAUUCACAUACAUUCACGCACACACCUACCCACACCGGGCGCUGGCGCAAUGGGCCACGCCUGGCUGGACUCCCUCUCCGAGGACUGGGUGUCGCAGCCUGGAUCCGCCGAUGCAUCCUUUACCGAACCCACCACUCCUGCCACUCCUGCCCCUCGCCUUCGGGAUCCGAAACAAAAGAUCAAGGCGGCUGCUAGUAGAAUCCCGCGACUCAGUCCCCGUGUCAAGAAGCCUCGGCUUUCCAUCGAUGCCAACAGCAGCAACAUUCUCAACGAGAGGAGCGCCAACGAGAAGCUGACGCCUACCGCUGCCCGUCGCACCCCUUCGAAACUCCAACAGCAGCUCGUUGCUAGCUCAAGCGGCGGUCGCGACUGCCAUGCAUGCCGCUCUGCAUCGACUGCAACCCCCGAAUCGAUUGUUCGCAGAGCAUACCUGCACCGAAAAUCCCUGAGCGCAUCGCCUUGCAGAGGGAAAGGGGACACCCCGGAGUGGAAGCGCCGCUUGGUUUACAACGAGUUGUCAUAUGGAGAGCAGCGGGACCUGUUCACUUCAGCAGGGACCGGGUUGGAGAACAUAUUCAGGCCCCCGCUGCCCGCACCAGAAGCCGCCAUGGACGACAAAACCUCGCACCAAAAGAAGCGGCCACAAUUCGACGACACUUUACCAUCUAGCCCGCCUCCCUAUCCCCACAACCACGAAAAUGAUCAUGACCCCUCGACGGCCGAGGUCUACGUGGACGAUUCGAUGCAGGAACCGUCGCAGCAGUUACCAAGGAGAGCGCCAACAUCGAUGAGAUACAGACGAACAGAAGAAUCGGCCAACGCGAGCAUGGAUUCCAGAUCCAGCAUGCCGCCUAAGGAUACUGGAUCUAGAGAAACAGCCACGGCGGAACAGUCUGCAUUAUCGGUGGGGCUUGCAGGCGAAUCCCGCAAGGCCAGCGGUAGGAGCGACCUGCGCUAUGAGGAUUUUAGCCCCAUUUUGCUUGAGCGGCGCCAAGCCAGCAAUGGCAAGACCAUUUUCGGCCCGGCUGAGCUGCCUCCUGACGAGCUUCGCAAGCGAUUGGAGAGGCUCCAGCAAAACCAGAGGUUCCUUAUGGGGGAUACCGAUGAGGAGUCCAUGGGUGGCGUGUCGGAGAGCCAUGCCAAGUCGCGUAGUCUUGACACAACAAAAGCCCGCGAGCGACUAGGGGCCUUCGUCAACUUCCAAAGGGGUGGCCGGUCAGACGAGGGAUCGUUCCGCAACCACGCGUUGAGCUCUGCUCUCAACGACACAUCCGAACUCCACCCUGAGGAGUCGUUGCAGGCCAGCACACCCAAGCAAUUCCCAACUGUGAGGGUUGAACGCUGGGACAGCUACGAAGAGACGACGACCCCUGCCCGGAGCCCCGAGUUGCCACCGGUUCCCAACCCUAGUCCGGAGAAGCGACCUGUCUCGUCGCAAAACAGCACAGGGAGCCCCUUGAAGCUUUUCCAGCCCUACGACACUUUCACCAACCAGACACUUCUAAGACGAAUGAGCCAGUUUGAGGAAGAGCUGGGUGAUCUCUCAUUCUCGAUAGCGCAGGAAGACGGCUACGACGACCGACGGCAAUCGGCACACCUACCAAGGCAUCGGCAGCCUUCUGCUCCGGCCAACAGGUUUGGCGCCGGGGAAUUGGACGGAUACGAGUUCAAUGACGAAUUCUCUCAGUCGUACGAUGUAUCAGGCUUGGACGGGGACAAGGAGAACCGGGGCCCGGAUGGGGACUCGAUGCAGCCAUCACUUCCACCGAUUUUCGAGCUAAGCUAUUCAUCCUCGCUAUCAGAAGCCGAAGACCUAGUAGUACGCAGGCGGCGGCAAAAGUCUGUCACCUCCCGUUCGUCGCGGCGACCAGGGCGAGAUAUUCGAGCAUCUUUUCCGCCGACCAUCGGACCCGGACGAAGGGACACGAACGGCUCCGAAAUCAAGCGGCCGCGCACAUCACCCUCAAAAGACCCGACCCCAAAGCGGCGCAGGACGUUGAAUAGGUCAGACGACGACCUGCUUCCCGCGGUUGAUUCAAUCAAGUCGUCGCAUCAGGAACUGCAGUCCGUACUAGGCGGGAAACGGCAGGACAUGCGCAGUAGCGGCCAGCAAGAACUGCGGCCUCGGACCCCUACACCAAGUCAGAGAUCCUCGGUGCAGCGGGAUCGUCCGCCCCUUGCCGAGAUUGAAAAGACGCCGAGUCGUUCCAGCAGGCAUUCGCAAGCUGCCACGGCUCUUCCAGUCGGAGCGUCGCUGGAUACCAAUCGGAAGCCAUCCAUCAGAACCGAGGACUUCAUCAAUGAAGCCAAUAAGAUCAUGGCAAUGAUCCGCAGCAAGGCAGGGUUGCCGAGUGGACUUGCUAGUCUGGAGGAGUCAGACGCAGAGCACGGACAACCCUCGCCAGACCUAGAGAGUUCGUUCCAGGAGUCGACCCAGGAACCCUUUUCGCGUCCGCCCAGCCGCGAGGGACGUCCCCCUUUGAGGCGCCAGUCGACGAAACAGGAAGAUCCUGAACUCGUUGAACGGCUCAAGAAGUACGAGGAAGCUAGCGACAUGGGUGACAUUAUUUCUUCUUCCGUGCGUUCGGCAGCUCCCCCUCAAGAAGACAUUCCCGUUGUUGGCGAGCAGGACGUGUCCAGGAGCGCCUGGGGUAGCAAUGGCAGUCAAACAUCACUUUCGGACGCCGAAGUAAUCAGCGAUCCACCGAACAUCCGCAUUUCCCGAAAUCCCGACUGGGAGGAGCGAGAGUUCGCCUCUGGGCACAAUGAUAGCGCGCGUUCCCAGGGCUCGACCGGCCUACCCACCCAGUCUAGUGGAAUGUCGGUGCCGACCGGCUCGUCGAGGGGUUCUUCGAGGGGAUCCGAAGCGAGGAAAACAAUUGCCCCGGAGAGCGUGUCACAUCUAAUCCCGGAUCAAGUCGGGAGUAUGGUGUUGGACAGGCAGCGCAACAUGUGGGUCAAGAAGAAAUCGCUGGCGAAGAAGUCUAGGGAAAGCUUCGUCCAUUCGGAAGCGAGUGAUGAUCCGUUUGCCGAUAUUCCGGAUUUGUCCGUCGACUUGACCUUGGAGAUGCAGAACCUGAAGCUUGGAACCGCCAAGAAGGAGCCCUCAGCCCAAGAAAACCUUCCGCGCUCUGCGAGCCCGGCCAGUCCAUCAAGGCCUCGCAGUGCUGCCUCGGCUCAGAAACUGGGUCCUGUUGCUGAAGCAACAGAGCAGACGAUCCGUAGCCAACAUCGCAAUCAUAACAACCUGACACAGAGGCCUCAGACAGCACCAGCGCGGUCGGAAGAAGAACUCGUUGAGCACGAAAUAGGCAUUAACGACGGCCGGGUGAAGGAUCGUCGGCGACUUACCAUCAGUUUCUCUUCCCCCAUAGCCUCGGUGAUUCAAGAUGUGGCUGAGAAUGGUGGCGUCACUGCUGGGGAUGCCAACCUCACCGGGCAGGCUCACGAAGACCAAGUCGCAGACUCAUCCCGGCGAGGCCGAAGGAUAGUUUCGGUUCAUACAGAAUCGCGCAGCAAAUCGCGGGGACCGUUGCGCCAUCUCUCCGUCCGCGGCCACUCUUUGGUCGCCCGCCCCGUGUCCCGCAUCGACGAGAGGGAUGAAGAGGCUAGCCCGGGCCAGUCGUCGCAAGAAGGUGUUUCCGGCAUGGAGCUCAGCAUCGUGGGAGACCUCAGCGUUGUCGGCCCUGAUGCGGAUGCUGGGCAGCAAGCGAGCGUCAGCUGGAUGCUAGCAACUCCGGCAAGGGGCCGGGAUUGCCCCGCUGUCGACAUGGACGGUGCUCCCAUCAUCGGCCAGUACGUUGGGAUGCUCUCGCUCAGCCCGCUCUCCGACUUUACGGUGCAUCGCGCGGACGAGUCGCUGCCUCUGGAGGUCAGUUAUGUGCAUGAUGGCCACCAUCUCGUCACAGGCAACCGGUCGAAGGACCGCUCCAAGCGCGUCAUGUCGCUGAGCAUACGCGAGCUCGUGGAGAAGCUCGCCGAGGUGGAGCCCUUUGAGCCGUACUGGGAAGAUAUGCAAGAACUGGAUCUGCGCGGCAAGGGGCUAGGGGCUUUGCAUACGCUGGACGAGUUUUGUGGACAGCUGGUGAGCCUCGACGUCUCCAGGAACAAUAUCCGGAAUCUUGGUGGCGUCCCUGCCUCAGUUCGACAUCUCAAGGCGACGGACAACCAGCUGUCUAGCCUUACAGCAUGGAAUCACUUGAUGAACCUCCAAUACAUCGACGUCUCGAACAACGGGAUUGGCAGCCUCGCACCCUUCAAGAACCUCGUCCACCUCCGCAGCCUGAAAGCCGACAACAACCGAAUCACGAGCCUGGACGGCAUCAAGUUCCAUCGCGGCCUCCAGAUCCUCCGCGUUAGAGGCAACUUGAUUGAGACCCUCGACCUUGACGGCGCUACCAUGGACCAACUGACCGAGCUAGAUCUCAAAGACAACCGCAUCCAGCACGUCGCCAACCUCGCCCAGCUAACAGCCCUGAACUCGCUCAACCUCGAGGGCAACCAACUCGAGACCUUCUCAGUCGAGCAACCCAUGUCUUCCCUCCGAUACCUGCACCUCAACGACAACAAACUCCUCUCUCUAGACCUCAAAUCCCUCCCGCACCUCCGCCUGUUGCACGCCGACCGGAACCGCCUCGUGCGCAUCGCCGGCUUUUCCCGCGCGCGGAAAAUCGACAGUCUCUCCCUGCGUGAACAGCGUGGCGACGCACCCCUGGACCUACCGCAUCUCCUGAGCCGAGCGUACGAGGUGCGCAAGCUGUACCUCUCCGGCAACCUCCUCAGCAGCGCUGGAUUCGACCCGCCUACGGACCUGCUCAACCUCCAGCUGCUGGAGAUGGCGAACUGCGGGCUGACGGGGUUACCGGACCAUGUGGGGCUUGCGAUGCCCAAUCUGAGAGUGCUUAAUUUGAAUAUGAACGCCCUGCACGUGCAGGACUUGACGCCUCUGAGAUGCGUGCCUAGGUUGAAGCGGGUUUCGCUUGCCGGGAAUAGGUUGGCGGAAGCUGCUGGGUUGGUUGAGAUCUUUGCGGGAUGGAGGUAUCUUAGGGAAGUGGAUGUGAGGGAUAACCCCGCUACGCAAGGGUUUUAUGCCCCGCCCACUAUAAUGAGGGUCGUCGUUCCUCGAGCUGGGAAAAAUAAUGCAGAGGGAGAGGGGCAGUUGGACCGGGAUGGGGAUGGGAUUGGAGGUGAUGCGGGAGGGGAUGGGUUUGCCCUGCCGGACCAAGACCCGGACCGUGAUGCAGGGUAUUGUGGGCGGUUGGAUAUGCAUACGCGUAUGAGGAGACGGCUGUGGGAGGCUAUGGUCGGAGCGAGGUGUGGGAGGGUGAGGAAGUUGGAUGGGUUGCCUUUGAGUCUGUCUUUGGUGCAGCAGCAGAAGGGGAAUGGGCAGGACGGGAGUGCGGGUGAGCUGGAGCAGGCCGCCGAGGGUCUGGUUGGUGCUGAUAAGGAGGAUCCGGUCUGGCUUGCGCUGAAGGAAAAGGGGUUGCUUCUUCCGCCUGCGCCUACAGGGACGAGUACAAACCCAGCUCGGGAGGGGGAUGGUGAGGUGGCUGUGGCUGUGGCGGCCAACUCCAGUGCGCGGUGGCCGGCUGAGGAUAGCUUUGCUUGAUUUGGUGAUGGGUAAUGGGUGAUAGGACCUGUGGCGUUUCUGGGCUGGGUUACUACCUACUGGUACUACUACGGAUUGGUUGCCCUUGUUAUGGCUUUUGCUGUUUGCAGGAACUGGGAUCUGGGAAAAUGCCAGGCAAGGCGAAGCAAGACAAGGCAGGCAAGGGACAACAGGCCUUGCUUGCUUGCAUUUCACAGAAUGGGGCGUUCUGUUGUUGUCUUGUUAGUUCCCACCCUCUGUUCUGUUCUGUCUACCGAGCAGAGCAACUCGGCGUCAUGGGGUUCGGGGUGACGGGGGAGUUUGUUAGGUUUUUUGUGGGUUUGGUUUGUGGUCUGGUAUGGUAUGGUAUGGUCUGAUGUACAGAGUAUCUGUUCACUUGCAGCAGCAUUGUAAAGGGGUUUGGUUCCAUGGUUGUAUGGGCCGUGUGGGAGUAUAAGUACAGUAGAACAGGGAGUAAUGAUUACCAUGACACAUGAUACAAACAAUUGUUGUUGAG